AUGGAAUCGGAGGGAAGGCGAAAGCCUGAAAUCAGGACCGUCACAAACAAGGCGAUGGAGAGAUCAGGCCAUAUGCUGCGCCGUCCUCCUGCCUCUCGUCGCCUCUUCCAGAGGUUCGUCACUUUCGCCAUGUCAAGGUUCCCCACCUCUGUGGUCCAAGGGAUCGGCUUCCAAUCUCUGUCCAAGGAUCUUUUCGAUCGUUUCUUCUCCGGGAGCUUCGGGCCUGAAGACAUCUCCAGGGACCUGGUAGACACGCAGGAGGUGACGGAGAGGAAGCAAGAGGGAGUUGAGUGGAUCAACGAGUUCGAGGUGGUAAAAGACCUGGGGAUGGGGUCGUUCGGUACCGUCAAGCUGGUCAGAGAUUCCAAGAGCGGAGAUCUCUACGCGAUGAAGGUGUUUGACAAGGAGAAGCUUCGGAACAAGUGGAUCGGGGCGACCAAUAUGUUGGAGGAUGUUGAGAAAGAGAUCAAAAUCCUGAAGCUCAUGGACCAUCCGAAUUGCAUCAAAUUGUACGAAGUCCUAGACAACCCUGAAAAUGAGAAACUUUUUCUCCGGCUAGAGUACUGCGAAGGAGGACAGUCAAUGCUCUUCGACGCACCUCUCAUCUCCAGAAUGAACACAUGGUUCAGCACAGCUCCUUUCUCGAUGGAUCAAAUCAGCGUAGAGCCGCUCUCAGAGGACACAGCACGCAGAUACUUCAUUGACCUACUGGAUGGACUCGAGUACAUGCAUGACAACAACAUAAUCCAUCGUGAUAUCAAGCCGGAGAACCUUCUUCUCACCAAGGACGGGAAGGUCAAGCUUGCGGACUUUGGCACCGGCCAAGUUCUUUCUGAAGGAGAAGACACCAUCGCCUUCUCCCCUGGGACCCCGGCCUUCCUUGCACCUGAGGCCUGUAGGAAAGGACAAUACAGCGGGCGAGCAGCAGACAUUUGGGCGGCAGGGGUUACACUCUACACGUUCCUUCACGGUCGCUCUCCUUUCAUCUGUGCGAAUCCGCUGCAAAUCUACAAGAUGAUCCGCGAAGAGCCCAUCGGCUUCUCCUCUCACCUCUCGCCUGAUUGCCGUGAUCUCCUCAGAAGGCUGCUGGACAAAGACUUCCGACGGCGAAUCAAGAUGAAGGAGAUCCGAGAACAUCCUUGGAUCUUGCAAGGGAGUGCGGAGUGA